UCAUUUCUUUACGCCAUCAACUGGCGCCUGACUUCCUCUGAUAGUUUCCAGGCUUUAUUGUCUUGUCUCCCUCCCUUCUUUUUUCUCCCCUUUCUCCUCUAGUUGCCACCAGAGUCGCGGCUUCGUCUCAGACCUCACGCCUCGCCAGCCUAGACUGUGCAGGGUAGGACGGUUGGAAAGCAGAAGAAAGGCAACAGGAGGGGCUGGAGAGACGACAUCGUGAGCGCGGCGCGGGCCUCACUAUGUCAUCAGCCAGAGCCGGAAGCGCCGCGGGAACAGAGCGUGAGUGGGGGACUGGGCAGCGCCAGUCCAGGCAGGGAAGAUUGCCUUUCUCUCUUUCGUCCCAGGCCUUGUCCUCCUCCUCUCCCGGCUCAAUUUACCAAGCUUUCUCUCAAGAAGAGGCCAAAGAACUUGAUAUUCAGCGCCAAGGAUCCCGAAAAGCUGAGGCCUUUCUGAAAGCCUUCCUUAGGCGAAGCAUACCCCAUCUGACUGAAGACAAACUCCAUGACCACCUGCAUCGCAAAGCAGUUGUGCUAGAGUACCUUCCCCCAAAGAAGCCCAAAGAAAGAAAAAGAAAAUCCAAAGGCUUCUCUGCAAAGCAGAGACGAGAGUUGCGUCUCUUUGAAAUUAAACCAGAGGAGCAAAGAUACAACCUGUUUCUCCCUCUGCAUAAUCUCUGGAAACAAUAUAUCCGGGACUUGUGCAAUGGUCUUAAGCCAGAUACGCAACCACAGAUGAUUCAAGCCAAGUUGUUAAAGGCAGAUCUUCAUGGUGCUAUUAUUACAGUCACAAAAUCCAAAUGCCCCUCUUAUGUUGGUAUUACGGGAAUUCUUCUUCAGGAAAUGAAGCAUGUCUUCAAAAUUAUCACCAAAGAUGACAAAUUAAAAGUUAUUCCCAAGUUAAAUUGUGUGUUUACUGUAGAGAUCGAUGGCUUCAUUUCCUAUAUUUAUGGGAGCAAGUUCCAACUUCGAUCAAGUGAGCGUUCUGCAAAGAAGUUCAAAGCAAAAGGAACAAUUGACCUAUGAACUCAUGACUGCUUAAGAAAAUAUCACUUCAGUUCAGAACAGUGUGAAGGAAGUAAGCAUCCUGAACUGGCAGCUGGCUCAUGUUUGGUGCUUUGCUCUUUAAAAAAAAAAAUACUGCGGCCAGUGAGUAGCUCAUUUCCAGCUCAUUUCACUAGUUCAAUUGUUAGUUGUCUUUUCUUUCCAUAUUGUUUAAAAUUCUGUGUGUGGUCUGCCUGCCUCUUUGGUUAAACAGAUGAUUUUCUGGUUGCAUUAUUUUCUAGUGAGAUUGUUGAGUCUCUUUGAAUCUGUUGCCCCCUGGAAUAGCAAUAUCAUCAGAAAGAAGCUACAAAAUCACUGGCUGUUAUUUUGCAAAUUAAUAGUUAGGACCCAUAUUGACAUUCAUAUCAUCUAUUCUUUAUACCUCCAAAGCAUACUAUAUAGAGGGAAAUACAGACUGUAACAUUUUCAAGUGCCAGGCCUUUAUGGCAUCAGCUAGAGAAGAGUUAAGGCAUUUGGGAGGAAAGAGGAUGAUGAGGCUUUCUCUCCCAAACUUGUAUGCCUUAUUCCUCCCUCUACUUCCCAGAAAAUUCAUCCUGGGUGUCCUUUGAAAUUGUAAUGGAUGGGGGGAAAUUAUUUUUGAUUUUUUAAUUUUGGAAGGGGAAUAGAGAGGAUAGCAAGUAGAUAGAUAGAAUAUUAGUGAUAAUAAAAAUGAGGUAAGUAAUACAUUCAAAGUCAACAUAAAUUGUCAAGGUGACAAAUUUGCAAAAAACCAAAAGGGGGAAUUGUAAUAGAGGAGAAGCAGAUUCAACAUGCUUAAAGAGCAACUCAAGCAGAAGGGCAAGAAGGGCAGAGAAUUCCAGAGAAGGAACGGAGAGCUGAGAAGAUCCAAGCAGUUACUUCACAUCUUUUUGGGAACUCCUGCAGAGAGGUUGGUCUGAGAGAACCUCUGAGCUUGAUCAUCCUUCUGUGAACCCAGACCCCCAGGAUCCAGUGGAAGAUAACAGGAGUGGAUAGGACUUUAUCAUAAAGCCAUCCACUCAAGGAAGAUUUCCUCUCUGUCCCUCUAAAGUGGUCCUUGUGAACUUCAUAUUAGAAAUAAGACAGAAAGAAGUCAGGAUAGCUCUCACAACUGACCCUUCAGGAUCUGGGGAGGGGGUCAGUUGUUAGUCUCUUAGGGACUUCCUACAUCCCACUUUCCCAUUGCCUUACUCAACAAUCCUAUUUAUCCUAACUUACGUAUGUUCCUUAAUACAUAGCUGUUUCUUUAGAUCAAAUGCCUGCCUCAUAUCUAGGGAGAGGGACCUGAAGCUUGAGGAGAAGACCUACACUUUCUCCUCAAGGAGGAAGAAUCAGUUCAGUGUUGGAUCUUACAUUCAACCCAGUCUCUAAAGGAAUAUAGUCUGUAACUCUGAAGGCAACUAGUGUGGGUUUUACUAAGGAAAGAAGAGGGGAGAAACAAUCUAUUCCCCCUUUCCACCUUCUGACUCUAUUCCAUCUCUCAUACUCUGGAUUCAAAAUAAACAUAGUGGGUGGCUCCAUUUUCCCCCAUCCAUUACAAAGCUGUUUUAGAAAACUAUAAUAUCUGUAAUAGCUCUUUGAAAUAUGAAUAAGAAAAUGGACUUAUAUUUGUGCAAUAUACAUAUUUUUAAAAAUAGUUUCUUUGACAUGGAAGUUUAAUUUUUGGUUGACUAAUGUGCUAGACCAGUUUUAUUGGUGCUAAAAGCAAGCAGGACUCUUGAAGUCUAACUCACAGUAGAAAUGACAGGCUUUGUCUUGAAAUCAUUUCAGUUAUUUUUUUUAAACCCUUCUGUCUUAUAAUUGAAGCUAAAUAUCAAUUCCAAAGCAGAAGAGCAAUGAGGGCUAGGCAAUCAGGAUUAAGUGACUUGCCCAGCUUUACACAGUUAGGAAAUGUCCAAGGCUACUUUUUUUUUUUUUAAGUCAGGUCCUGCCCACUCUAGACCUGUCUUAUCUACCUAGCUGCCCUCAGGUUUGCCCUACCAUUUUGGUAGAGAGUCCUAAAGUGUAUCAGUGCCCUUAAGUGUCUUUCCUUCAACAAACCAGAUUGUGCCAAGGAUCAGACUUGGCACCUUCCUUCCUCACCCCCAGAAACCUCCCUACAGAAACAGCUUUUUAAUGCCCCUUUGUCUUUGAGCCACUCAAUAUAGGGAGUCCACAGUGAGAAAAAGAUACUAUUACAUACAAGGUAGAUGAAUAUUGACUCACACCAGAUAAUGGGCAUCUCUGACAUGAGGACUUGAAUGCUAUGACCCUGGCAUGUCAGGUGUGCCCAAAAUUACCUAUUUUCUUUGUCCAUGACUUUGGAUGCCAUGAUUUCCCCUUCCUUGUAGUUUGACAGGAAAUGUCUCUUCCUUACUCUGAUAUUUUUGAGCAUUGUGUGGCUAUUUCUGCCCUACCUGUAAGCUAUGAUCAUAACUACCUGCUUUCUUGAUGGGAAAAUAAAUCUCUCUUUUUAGUUAAA